UCUCUCUCUCUCUCUCUCUCUCUCUCUCACCAGCACACAGGUAUAUUAAGUAACAAACUAAUUUGGUUGUCUGCCUCUUGUGUUCUAUUUCUAUCACCGGAGGGGGAAACACAGACACACACACACAACACACACAAAGUGAGCGAGGAUGGAAGGGACGACGUCAUCGGAAACAGCAGUCAAGGUGUCAUCGAUUUUCAUAUACCCUAUCAAGUCAUGCCGUGGGAUUUCAGUUCCUCAAGCCCCUCUCACGCCUACUGGAUUUCAAUGGGAUCGACAAUGGCUAGUGGUGAACUCAAAGGGAAGGGCAUGCACUCAAAGAGUUGAACCAAAGCUUGCUUUAGUGGUAGUUGAACUGCCAAGUGAGGCAUUUCUUGAAGGCUGGAAACCUACAAAGAACUCGUAUAUGGUGUUAAAAGCACCUGGUAUGGAAGCUCUCAAGAUUUGUCUGAGUAGACCACAUGGAGUAGCAGAUGGUGUCUCAGUAUGGGAAUGGUCUGGCUCUGCAUUGGAUGAGGGAGAUGAAGCAUCAAAAUGGUUCUCAGAUUACCUUGGAAAACCCACUCGACUGGUCCGAUUCAAUACUGAGUCAGAAGUUAGAGUUGUGGAUCCUGAUUAUGCCAAUGGGCAUAAUACCAUGUUUGCUGAUUGCUUCCCAUUCUUGUUGUUAUCUCAGGGGUCAAUGGAUGCACUUAACAAUCUUCUCAAGGAGCCGAUACCUGUUAACAGAUUUAGGCCUAACAUCCUUGUUGAAGGCUGUGAACCGUUUUCUGAGGACUUGUGGACAGAGAUCAAGAUAGGCAAAUUUUCAUUUCAGGGAGUGAAGCUGUGCUCCCGUUGUAAGGUGCCUACGAUCGAUCAAGAGACUGGGAUUGCGGGAAAUGAACCAACUGAGACUCUGAAGCAUCACAGGUCAGAUAAAGUCCUAAGGCCAAAUGGGAAACAGCAGAAUAGGGUCUACUUUGGGCAAAAUAUGGUGUGGAAAGAUUAUUAUAUUGCAGGAAAUGAGAAAACACUUAAAGUGGGAGAUCCUGUUUAUGUCCUCCAAAAGGUCUCUUCUGCUGAUAAAGCAGCUGCUUGAACUGUGCAAGCAUGUACCAAUAUCUUUUUAAGUCAAACGAAAUAAUGAGAGAGAGAGAGAGAUGGAAUCUAUGUCUGCUAAGAUGUGAUCUGUUUCAAUGCAAAAUCUUCAUUUGCUGAUGAUGAAACUGGAACUGCUGAGCCUCCAUUGGUAGCACGUUAUGUAUCAUUUUAUCUAGAUAAUGAUAAUGAUUCACAAUUCCUAAAA